CGGCUCUCUUCCAUCACCAUUUGCGCAUGUCGGAGAGGAAAGGAGUGGGGGUGAACGUUCUAGACUAUUGCAGAGAAAAAAAUCUUCCUUUUCCUCAACCCCCACUAAGCCCUCUUCCUAAACAGGACACAGAGCCAGGCAACUCCAUCUUUCCCUCUCCUUUCAUUCUUCCCCCUCUAUCCCUUUUCUCUCUCGUUCAAUCUAUUUCCAUAUUGCUGUAAUUUCACAGAUUUAACAGAGGAUGCAUAAUUCACUGCUGCUCCUGAAUGGUUGAACACCAGUCAUACAACGCGUUACGAUACAGAGGGGGGGAGCGCAAAAGAACGAGCGAGGCGACAAGCGCGCAGGAGGAUAGCUAGCUCCGUGCCAUGCAUCCUAAAUUGCCUUUGGUUAAAACAUGGCCCUCGUGUACAUGUGUAUUGCCCUUUCUAUUUAAAGGGGAAUGCAUCAUGGUUUCUGCCUAGUUCCCCCGUCUGGGAAUUCCAGACAUAGGGUGUAUGCUGUCCGCAUAGGGAGACUACUCCGAGGUUGAAACUGAAACCACACCAGAUGUGUCUGGUAAACACCUAGUCUUGUCAACAUGUCAACUGCUAUUGAUAAUGAGGUGGCAUUCUGUCCACUGCAACCUGAGCCAGAAUGGGAUCGACCACCAGAUGAUGUGCCCGGACGACGUGACCUCACACCUGGAGGAGCAGCCCCUGGACCAAGGCGCCAUGCUGGAUGACGACAGCCCCACCUAUCAGGACGUGAGCCCCGGGUACCAGCGCCACUCACCGCCAAGGCGCUCCGUCUCCGAGUCAGAACUCUCACGGCCGGGGAACGUAAAGCUGUCCAAGCCGGUGGCCCUGUGGACCCAGCAGGACGUGUGCAAGUGGCUGAAGAAGCACUGCCCCAAGCAGCACCAGAUCUACAGCGACUCCUUCAAGCAGCAUGACAUCACAGGGCGGGCUCUGAUGAGAUUGACAGACAGGAAGCUGGAGCGAAUGGGCAUCAUGCAGGAGGGCCAACGGCAGUACAUCCUCCAGCAGGUCCUGCAGCUCCGCGUCAGAGAAGAGGUCCGCACCCUGCAGCUACUCACGCAAGCCUCUCUGGAGUGUUCUCCGUAGCCCAGGCGUUCUAGGAAACCAGCUGCCAACAGGACCCGGUCUCCCUCCGAUCCUGGGCUUCCUACGUCUGACCCUUGACCUCCUCCCACCACCAAUCAAAGCCGUCCUAACCCCAACCUCAUACCUAGCUCCAAUCUAAAUCCUAACCUUGAUUUUUAACCCCAUGCUUAAUCUCAAACCUUCAAACAAGUCAAGUCAUUGGCCUGUCCAGUGACUUAUCACAGACAGACAAUCAUUUUCUUGCCUUUAACCGUUUCCACUACAUUUGUCCCUAUCCCAUCCCAACUCUCUUACCCCUUCUGAAUUACCACAACCCAACACCUGUCUCCCAGGACUCUAUUCUGAGAACAAGCAUCAAAAAUGUAUCCAUCCUCGACUGACGAUCCCACUACAAGGACUGUGGAGAACAAUGAGAAAACAAACACGUCAAAGGUGGCGUCCACUUCCAACAACCUUCUCACCGUACAGUAAAUCCUCCAGUGUAGGACAGACAUUAAAUGUGAAUAGUACCCCCACGAUACACCACUGAGCCGGUGUGUAACAUUCUAGAGGCUUCUAAUGGUGACUUUAGAGACAUUGGGUACACCAGCCUUUCGAUCUCUCUGUCCUCACUGACUAUAUCGCCAGAGCAGUGAGAGGGCCCUACAUUUUGCAUUCCCUUCCCCUCUCUGUCCCUCUUUUUCUGACUGUUUGUCUGCAUUGAUUCUGUGUCAGAGUUUGGGCUUGCCUGGUGAAAAUGACAUCUGUUGUCCUAUCUGUGUGUCCUCGCACCUUCCCCUCCUUCACUUUGUGGGUCGCUUUCUCAGCGCGGUCAUCAAGCCUUCACUGUGAAUACGUCCAGGUGUGGCAUGAAGAGGGAGAGCCUGGCAAACCAAAAGGUAGUAAAUGUGAUGGUGAAAAGACCUGGCAACCUAUUAAGGAUGAAAUGUGAUAGUGAAAAGACCUGGCAACCCAUUAAGGUUGAAAUGUGAUAGUGAAAAGACCUAGUGACUCAUUAAGGAUGAAAUGUGGUGGUGAAAAGACCUGGCAACAUAAAUGGAACACGGCAUGGUAUUGCGAGGACCUGGCUAAAGUGCUUUUGAGCCAGGGAAAAUGAAAUGACUGAUAACCUACAUGAGACAAUUGGUUGGUUGAGAUAUGGUUGAGGGAGAGAACCAGGCAAGUGCUUCUCUACUGAUGAAGAAGAAAAAGAUUUUCUCUCUCACAUCUCACUGCUUGAGACUAUUUUUAGAUAUGAGAUAUAUUGAAAAUAGUGUAGAAAGGAAAAUGUACCGUGGGCAAAAAAACAAAUGAUCCAAUGUCUGUCAAGUCUGAGAGAGACGUGGUAUUUCUCUCUCGGUUACUAUUUUUAUGAGAAACUAACUCUUUGCUGUAACUGUUAAUGUGAAAUGGCCAUUCACUGGUGAUAUAUAAAGGCAUUUUACCUGUCAUGCCAACAAACCUGUUGCUUGAGCCAUCGUGACCUAUAUGUGUGUUUUCAUACCUUGUAGCCAGUAAUGAACUUUAACUAAAGCCAGUAUGCUGGAGUGAUUCCUAUUACCUAUGUAUCACUACCAGUGUAGCAUGACCUUUUGUCACCAUCACAACAACCUCCUCCCUGUGAAUAUGAAUAAAUGGGGAUUGAAAAAAUUGAAAUGGCCGCCAAGAAACAAAAGGGGGGGAAUUCCAGCCCUGGAGAGCCAUUGAUUUUGCUGAAUUUAAUUGCAACAUUGGGUCUUGUGUGUUACGAGCGUCCAUUGUUUGGUUUGGAGCUUGCCUUAUGCUCUCUAGUGGUUGGUUGGCCCAGUAGUAGCAGAUUAGUAUUGAUUAAACCUUCAGGACUGCGUUGCCCUCCAGGCCUGGAAUAGACCAAUCCCUGCCAUUUGGAGAGGUAAGGAAUGCCGAUACUUGGUCACAUGGGAUGAAGUUGUUCAUAUCAAAAUCCAAGUGGCUAUUUCAUGCUUCGGUGGAGCUCUGGUGUGAGUGUCUCUCUUGGACUGUGUGGGCUGCCUGCCCUGCCUGGCUGCUUCCAGUUGGGAAGGCUGGCGCUCUGAUUUCACAUCAUCUGGAUGUCGAUUGCUCCUCCCAGUUUGGCUGUCUACAGAGUUAACACAAGGCAGUGUUUUGUUGAAUCCAGUAUUGUUGAAUCCAGUAUUGUUGAAUCCAGUGUUGUUGAGAACAGUGUUGAAUUCAGUGUUUGGGUAAGGGGAAAAUCCCUCCUGGAACUGUAACCUGUCCGGAUGGAGCAGCCCCACCAUAACUUGGCUGGUGGGGUGUUUUGGGGAAGGAAGUAUGAUUCCUUUUGUAUGCCGUAGCCAACCAUGUGACUUUCAAGGUAUUUCGAACCUGGGUCGUGUUCAUUAGGGCAUACCGUAACGAAACGUUUUGCAACAGAAAACAAAAACGAUCGUUUCUUAUUGGACAAGUCCAGGUAGUCCCUCUCUGUUUUCUCCUGUUUGGUUCCUAAUGAACACGACCCUGCCAGCUCUGCCAAGGUGCCCGAGGACUUGCCUGAACUGGCUCUUUCCACAAUCUCCUGAGUUUCUUUUUUUUUUAGGCAUUUGGAAUUUUUUCAUCGGCACUUUACUAGUACAAUGUUACACAAAAUGAACCUUAUACUGAGCCUCACUUUCUUAUUGCACAAGAAAAACAUGCAUGCAAAUAGAAGCAGACAUACAAGGAAUUGUGUCACUACACAUAGUCAGACAUUCACAGGUGUAUAUGCGUCUUUCACGUUCUCACUUAUCAUUAUUCAUGAGUCAUUCAGUAUCGUGGUAGCAUCCACAUUAGUGUAGAAGUGUUUAGAAACAUUAUAUUCUUAUUUACAUUUUUACAAUGACGGCCUACACCGGCCAA